UGAAUCUUUGUUAAAUAUCUCUGCGUACCCCCACGAUCAUGGCCGUACCCCCAUCCAAAAAUCACUUGUUGCUUUCUUUUGCUUGUUGCCUCUAUACUUUUUGUGACUAAAGCGCUCUAUAAUGGCUCCAUCUGCCAUGGACGAAAGUCCGUUGACAUCAUUCAACAGUUCUCCUUCGAAGACAAAUGUGCUCGCCUCCGUCUUACACUCGGCUCUGGACCUGAAGCUGGAAUACAGAAGUAUCUCAGAACCCGAACUUGGGGAACUCCAGAUCCAGAUCAAAGCCACCGGCAUUUGUGGAUCAGAUGUCAGCUACUACAAGAAGUUUGCCAAUGGCGACCUCUGUGCCUGUGCUCCAUUGUCCCUGGGACAUGAAUCUUCCGGUGUCGUAGUGGGCAUUGGCCCUCAAGUCAACGGCUUUGCCAUUGGCGACAGAGUUGCGCUCGAAGUCGGCAUUCCGUGCGGCCAAUGCUCAAUCUGCAGAAAAGGCAGGUACAAUCUUUGCAAAAAGAUGAAAUUCAGAAGCAGUGCAAAAAGCGUCCCUCACUUCCAGGGAACUCUGCAGGAAAGAAUAAACCACCCCGCAAUCUGGUGCCACAAGAUCCCCGACCAUGUCUCAUUUGACGCAGCUGCCCUACUCGAGCCUCUCUCUGUAGCCAUACACUCUGUAAACCGAGCAGCGCCCGCCCCAGGAUCAACUGCGCUUGUCAUUGGGGCUGGUACCGUCGGAUUGCUGGUUGCAGCCAUGGCGCGGCAAUCUGGUUGUACUUUUGUUACAAUAAUGGAUGUGGACGAGGGGCGCGUGAAUUAUGCGAUCUCAAAAGGCUUCGCAACACAUGGUUACGUGGUCCCCAUGCCUCUCCACUCCUCUGCUUCCUCGUCUUCGCUCAACACCUCGGGUACUUCCACACCAGCCAGCUUUGACGGCAUCAUGACCCCAUUGAGCAGCUACAGCAGCAUCAGUGAUCGUCUUGAUGGCGCGAAAUCAGUUGCAGCCGAUGUGCUUGCAGUGGCGAGACCAGACAUGGGUGCCUUGGAAGAAGACGAAUAUGAGGGCGUGGAUGUAACCUUUGAAUGUACUGGCAAAGAAGCAUGUAUGCAAACGUCUCUGUACGCAACAAAACCAGGCGGAAAAGUAAUUAUGGUCGGAAUGGGUACCCCGAUUCAAACAACACCCUUAUCAGCUGCGCACUUACGCGAAGUUGAUAUCCUCGGUGUGUUCCGAUACUGCAAUACCUAUAAAACAGGUAUCAGGUUAUUGGCUGGAAAGCAAUUGCCCAGUCUGGAUGACAUGAUCACUCAUAAGUUCAAAGGACUUGCAGAAGCAAAAAACGCAUUUGAAUUGGCAGGAAGAACGAUUGAUGAUAUGGGAAAGCUGGUUUUAAAAGUGGUCAUUGAGGCUUAGACUUGUGACACCUAAUGGAAAUCCGCUUGCUGGUAGGGUGGGUUUCUCUUCCAUUUUGGGCGGGCGGCUUUUGGGGUUUCGGGUAGAAUUUCAAUUGGGAAGA